CACCUGACUUCGGCCGCGUCAUUGUGCAAGGAUACCCGAAUGUGGGAAACCGAUGUUUUGGCAGUACGUAUCCUGCUGCUGAAUAGCACCGAUUAGGGACUGUCGCCAGUCAGUCUCUCGGAGGUACUCGUCGGGAUCGGAUAUACACCGUGCAGAGGAGAUACUGCGCUUUGCAGUCCCUGGCUCCUGGUUGAUUCGUGUGGAAAGUAAUCGAAUUCCAACCGCAGUCGAAUGAGAAUUGAUUGAUACGCGGGGGAAUACGUCGUGUAGUGUCAACGGUUUUCUCCUAGGUGGAAAUUGAUAGGUGCGAGUGCGGUUUUUGUUCCUACGGGAGGGAAGCGCGUGUGUGUGCAACAAUACCGGGAAAAGUUUUCCUCCCCUUGCGGAAAGUUCCGCUUGCUCCCUUUGUUAUUGUUUUUGAGGAUGCUGCUCUAAAUGACAGUGACCGUACUGACGACGAUGAUGAUUUGAAGUUACUUUUUUUGCGUUACACUGCUCAACCUCGUUUUGCUAUCCGCGGAACGCAGCGUGCAAUUUGCCGUUUUGAAGAAAAACAGGCAAAACGACAAUAGUGACAGUGGUGUGAUGAUUGUUCGAGCAAAAAAUAAGCAAUGAUGAUGAUGAUGAUGCUGGAGAAUUGAGAAAUCCGGGAAAACGUGCAGAUGCAGCCAGCGGAUGAGAAAAAGGUGUUUUAUGAGCGUUUAUGUGCAGUUGUUUCGUGCCAAAGGGAAGAGUAGUUUUUGUUCUGAUUGUUUAUUUUUUGUGUUGCCUUCGAGACUUUGUUACUGAAAGUGUGCUGAAAUCAAUAUCCUGGCCAGAGCGUUGAAUGUCAUUAUCCCGCCAGCAGCUCCAGCGGGAACGACAAUUGUGAGCAUUGACAACCGGCAGUCGGUCUAACGGAAACAUAUUUUGAAAUUCUUGGGUAUUGCUUUGAUAAUGCGACACAAUAGAAGCAAUUAGGAAUUUGAGAGCUCUUGGAAACGAGGAAUGAGAUUGCGGACGGAGCCGUCAGCUACAACGAGACUUCUCGGAGGCAACCAUAUAUAGGAAGCACCCAUUAAUCAUCAAUCAUUGACAACAUUAAAUGUUCCAUUAGCAAUGAAAACUCACUUCGGCAAAGUCAGCAAGAAACAAUUAAUCAAUCGCAGAAACAAGAAAAGCACCCCCAUGUUCCUCCAACGCGGCAUUCGAUGCCAAGAAUUGUUUUCGAAAUAAUUAAUUGUACCGCAGUACAAUACCUAGUACGUGCCCACCGCUUGCUAUCCUGGCCACCUCCGCCGCCUGGCCCUGAACGUUUUUGGCCAUGAAAAACACCCCAGCAUCGGGCACUUAGGGUGUGAAGUGUAUGCGUCCGUGUUUUACGCCUGAGAACGCCCCAAAUACCAUUCGGCGGUGGAAAACCACAAUCCAGCAUUGUUUGCCGCGUGAUACUCACUCAACUUGAAAUUCAACGGUAUUAAAUCAUUAUUUAAUGACGGUGCGUUGCCUAUCCAUCAGGUGUCACGUUCGGUGCUUAGCAGACCGGAAAUCGAUGCAUGUGUAGCUGAUAUCAAGGCUAUCGACGACAGAAGUGAGUGGAACUGAUGCUGUACUUAUUGUGGAUGCUGCUCAGUGUGUGAGUUUAUCAAGCCCAUAGUUUAGCACCCCAACUGCUAAAUACGUCAGGAUUCAGGGUUGCAUUGGCAACCGCUGCAAGUAUAGGGUGACACCAACUAAGUGACAAAUUCCAAAACAAUGUUGAUAAUACACACAAUAAAAUUAAUUCUGAUCACAUUAAACAUUCUACCGUACCGGUUCACUCAUCGAAAUGUCCUGUUCCUGAUCUACCUGGGGACGCUCGUCACACACGUGUUUAUGGACGAGCCACGAUUCGCACAGCCAAUCCCAAAUGUGACAGUAGCUGUAGGACGCGACGCUAAUCUACCUUGCGUUGUGGAACACCUUGGAUCGUACAAGGUGGCGUGGAUUCACAUCGAUCGUCAGAUGAUACUGACGAUACAUCGGCAUGUGAUCUCCCGCAUCCCUCGGUAUAGUGUGACCUACGACAACUCCAACACGUGGUUGCUGCAUGUCAACCAGGCGCAGCAGGAUGAUCGGGGAUACUACAUGUGCCAAGUGAACACAAACCCAAUGAUCAGCCAGGUUGGCUAUCUGCAAGUCGUUGUUCCUCCAAACAUACUGGACAUCGAGAGCACACCCUCCUCGGUGGCUGUGCGGGAAAACCAGAACAUCAACAUGACAUGUCGAGCCGAUGGUUUUCCCACGCCAAAGAUCAUCUGGCGACGCGAGGAUGGCCAAAGCAUCACAGUCGAGCGCAAAAAGAAAGUGAUGGUUUACGACGGCGAGGUGCUCCAUCUGACGAAAGUGAGCCGAAACGAGAUGGGUGCUUAUCUCUGCAUCGCAACUAAUGGUGUGCCGCCAUCAGUGUCUAAGCGGAUUAUUCUCGACGUAGAGUUUUCCCCCAUGAUCUGGGUACCAAAUCAGCUGGUAGGUGCUCCACUAUCUACUGAUGUCACCAUAGACUGUCACACGGAAGCACAUCCGAGAGCGAUCAUCUACUGGGUCUACAACUCCGUGAUGGUACUUCCGAGCAAAAAGUAUAUAAUCGAUUACAACGAAAACUCAUAUCGAGCACACAUGAAGCUGACCAUUAAAAAUUUAUCGCUCGGAGACUUUGGGAAUUAUCGAUGUAUAUCGAAAAACUCCUUGGGGGAAACCGAAGGAUCGAUACGAGUAUACGAAAUUCCUCUACCUUCGACGCCAUCAAAACAAAUAACACACGUAAUGGAACCAAAGGAAGUGCCACCGCGAAACGAAACCAUUAAGGUCGUCCCACCCGAGGUGCUGUUUCCAAUUAAGAACGACGACAGCUACGCGCAGCGCUCCUCUAAUGGUAUCCCGUUCGAACGCAAGGGUUUGGCAAGCUUCUACACCGAUAUGCCACCGAAGGAUUUCGGCUACUCGCACGCCGGCACCCUCCGAUGUAAGUCUGCAGUCUACUACACGCUGAUCAAAAUUGUUAGCAUAUCCUCAUCGCUCACCUACUCCUACUGCAUCGCCAACCAGUUGUUUCUGUAAACAAUAGAUUAGGCUCCGUUAUUGAGCCCACAAAUGUAAAAUAUCAGCGCGUUGAAUCGAGCGAGAACACAAGACAUCCUGUGAGCCCUCCCUUCUCUUAUAUCACUAGAUAAUUGUUCCAAACCGCCCCUCUUGUUUUCAAACCGACAUAUCGUAAAUUUGUAAAUUGUACACACAGAUCUUUGAUCGAGGCUAAACAAGUGAUACUCUAGUCAAAUUAUGGAAAAAACAAACUCAGUAACACGAAUUGCCAACGAUAUCCCAGUAUUCUCACAGAACCAAACCAACUCAAAAAACCAAGCUCUUAGAUUAGGGUUAAAGUAUUUUAGUGCAUCCCCAACAAAAAAAAACGAAUAUAACGAACGAAAAAAAACUAAUAGGAUGUUGAACUGACCAGAGUCAUUCGUGAAUUGAUGCUACUUGAAUUUAGUAAAGGCGCUUUUUGUUGCGAGAAAAUCAUUGAAAAAAAAACAGAAAUCUAUAUAUAUUUACAGCAUCAUAAAAAUAGGCCGAUUACAGAAUGUAUCAUAAAUUAGGCAAAACCGAACGAAUCAAACCAGUUGUUAAUUAGAUGUAACUAAUAGGUAUUUAGACGCAAAUGCAUAAUAGGAAUGUUAACAGAUCGCGCUUCGAACGCCCCCAACAAUGUACAUAUAAUAUUGCCCCCCGCUAAUUCAGUCGUGUUUAGGCGCCAAUUUGUAAAGAUCAGAGGAAACUAAGAAAGCCAAAGUUCGUUUGUGAUGACCAGAGGUGGAAGGCACGAAAGAAUGGGAAUGUCACCGUGUUUGGCAAACUGCGAAACGGAAUAGCUAACGAUGGUAUUAUUUUAGAAAUCUUUUAUCGUGAAUAUACCGUUUGAGCCAGCAUAAAUAUCACACAAAACUAACGAAGAUCAUAUCGAUAAGUGAUGCAUAUCGACACGAAUGCAGACGAGAAGGAACGCGGUUCGAUUGAGUGUACUAUUAAGGAGAUAUUUUUGUUAACUUGAAACAUGAAUGAAUAUUACGAAAAAGGAGCAAAUAAAAUGUAAGAAAAUAUUUGAUUUGAAUAA